GAUAGUUAGGAUCUGCCAUCGCUGCCACCUACACAGCGAAAGGUUUUUCAUUGUUGCUUGGUCUGCUCUGAUUUUCUCGGUUUCUCUGUUCUGCGACUGCGUCCCGUUUGCGUGGAUAAAGAUAGAAAAAAAAAAAGAAAGAAACGAACGCUACUCGGUCCGAUCGUAUUUUUAUAAAAUGUCUCGCUGUGCGUACCUGCUUUGCUUGCUGUUCUUAGCUUCCAGUUGCCUGAUUUCCAGUGCGAGCGCAGGGAGAAGUAAUUAUGGAAGGAGAUACAAAACGACCGAGGCGCCCACCACCACCACCACGCCCCCGCCGACGCCAAAGGAGUAUCUGGACAGUCGGGCCGGAAUCUCGACAUUUGGCAUUAUCGCCAUCAUCUUCACGGUGAUAGUUGUAUGCCUGGUCUUCUACUACGGCAUCAUCUGCUACCCGUUGCUCUGUCGGGACGAGAAGAAGUAUCGCUUCAUGGACGUGUCCUCCACCAUUACGGCGGCCACUUCGCGUUCCAUCCAAUCUAUAGAGAACUAUCCGGAUCAAAAGCACCACCAUCAACUGGCCUGAUUUACGAUCUAGGCCUCCGACUUAGUUGUACUUAAAAAAAAAGACUUUGACAUACUGCGAGUAACGAAAGCAUAAUUAUGCUUAACGAUUUCAAGUUCCCAAGUAUCUGACAAGAAUCUAUCUCCUUCAGAUAAUCCAUCCUUGACACAUCCAAUCGAAUAUCUCAAAAAAUGUAGAAAGAAACAAUACCUUAAUCUAUUUAAAUAAAAAAUUGUAGAUUCUUGUCAGGUAUUUUAGUGUUAAAUGUAGCCAUAACCAGUCGAGCAGUUCGCUGGAAAGGGAAUUAAUCAUUCAUAAUUGUAAAUUGUAUUCCCUACGCAUCCACUGUUUCUUUAUCUGUUUCUUGUAUAAAUCCCUAUCCCAGGCUCAGUCUCAGGCUCAACAAGUUUUGCCCGACCUCCAUCCCUUGGCCCUGGGCCCCUGAGCCUCUACCUUCGUUUUUAUGCAGGUAGUUUUACUGUCCGACUGUCCAAAACGUUUACACACCACUUUGUUCCGUCCCUCUCGCCGUCUUUUUUUCUGGUCUCAGAUAUUGUAUAUUUUUUUUUGGACAAAGCCAAAGUGUGGCGAUUGAGUCACGUUGUCCAUGGCUGAUUCAUAAGAAAUCUCACGAAAUUUGCCCGACUUUCUGUUUUCAAAUUUAAUCGCUGCUCGCCUUGGAUCGUAUUACCAGAGGAAGUGCUGGUGUUUAGCCUCGAAUAUUGCCCAUAACUUCAAUUAAAAAAUGCAUUUUAAUGCCGCCCCAAAACACACACAGGUUGUACUUAAAUAGAUCGAAACCAAGUACUGAAUAUAAAAUAUAAUGCCAAUCAUAGUUUAAGGCCCCCGAUUCUGCCGUCGAAUUAAGCAAUAUGGAAUUUGUGCAUUUAGCUUCUGAACAGUAUCGUGUAUUACUUACACUUUGUGUCAAAUUUAGAAUUUAAGCAAAUUCACUUCUUUAUAUACACCCCCUUUUUGGACAUUUUAUGCGAAUUUUUACAAAAAUCGAAAUAAAAUAUAUACAAUUUUAAAUCAUUUAAA